GAGAAUCCCAUGGACAGAGGAGCCUGUGACUUGCUUGCCCUCUUAGCCAAUGGACAACUUAGCAUUUGAAAUGCAUGAAGACGCAAAGCGGAAGGUUGUGUCUGAGGGGAAGAUGAACACCUUCUCCAGAAUGGAAAGGACGAGGCAGUGGUCACUGAUGAGCAUUUUCCUGGUGUGUCUUUUGGCCUGCACCAUCACCACAGUGAUCGGAGUCCUGAUUCUCUCCUUGGUUUAUGUCAACAACCCUCAGCCCCGUUCAGAACCGGGAGCCCAACCUCUGCAAACAGCAAUUCCCGUGGUGCCAAAGGCUGUUGAUCCAAAAGUUCAGUUUCUUAAUCAUUUAUCUAAAUCCAAGGUGUUUGAGUUCCCUGGUGGCGCAAUCCAGUGGGCCCGGUACAGGAACAAUGCCAAAGACUACCUCAGCAUGGAAGAAGAGGCCUUUGGCAGCAGCUUGAACAGCCAGAGAUCACAGAUGAGUCUGGGGACCCUGAGAAUAAAAAGCAGUGGCCUCCGGGCCCCUCAUUGGCACUUCAAUGCCAACGAACAUGGCUAUCUUGUACAGGAACUUCAGACCCUGGAUGUUGAUGAUGUCUUUUUUUCUACACCUGAGGAUAUUGCUUCCAGGUCACUUAAGCCUGAAGGUGGAAUUAGUUUCAUUAGAACAUUCCACAAGCAAAAGGAGGAUCAGGGGGUCAAUCUUCCUCCCAAUUUGGCAGAACUGGUUGUCAAUGCUAAUUACUCACAGUCACCAGAUAGCUUUGUGUGGAGGUACUUUUAUGACUUGAAAGGUUCAAAAGAAUAUAAAUUUCCAGGAGGAAUAAUACAGUUGGCACAAUAUUGGAAAAAUAGAAAUGAACUGAGCCACAAUGAAAACAUUUUUAGUGAAUUCCUGAAUCAGCAUCGAAAAGCCCUCACUUUGAGUACACUCAGGAUUUAUAACAAUGGAUUACGACAGCCACACUUUCAUUUUAAUGCAAAUGAAAUGGGAUAUGUAAUAAGUGGAUGUGCAAAGGUGGGCAUUAUCAAUGCUCAGAGUUCCACAAAGUUUAACAUUCACAUUGGAGAUGUGAUAUUUUUCCCCACUGGAACCCAGCAUUACAUUAAGAGCACAUGCGAUGAGGAUUUGCUUCUCAUUCUUGCCUUCAGCACUGGAGACCAGUUGCAAACCCUUGACAUGGACGAUUAUCUUCAGGCCACUGCAGACCACAUCCUGGCUCAGCUUUUCUUCAAGAAGCAAAGUGAGUUUAAGAAGAUCCCUCAAUUCAAGGAAGACCAGGCAGUCAACAUGCCUUAGAUGUGCUGAUGCAUUCAUAUCUAUUUUUCUCUCUUCAUAUGUUAUUACUGUUUUUAAAGAAGGUCCACUUGGCUCGUGAACUUGGAGCUCCUUACAGAGUGACAUUGGUCAAGCAGGUGUGAAGCAGCCCCACGGGCUCAUUUAGCUAAGAUCAUAGGCAACUCAUGCUAAGCGAACAUUUCCGUGUACUCUGUGCAGCUUAUCUACAGAGGGGCUCUGCUCAAUUAAAUUAAUAUUUUUUAUGGAUUUUAAUAUGCACAUAUAUAUUUAUUUUCCUUUUGUUGCAUCAAAUUUAUUACUACAAAUGAAAAUCCAUUCUUUUAUUUUGCACAUCAGUGAAACUUAGUGCCAUGCUUGUAUUUUUGCUAUUCAUCACGGUGGAAGGAGGUAUGGAGAUUAGCCUACUCAUGUACAUACAUACGGAUGCAGCCAGAAGAACCCAAGUACAUCUGACCUUGUUUAGUUUAGUGUAGAAUCUUAGUGUCUUAACGCUUUUGUCAAUAUGAAGAUACUUUUUGUAAGGCUCGAAAUUUCAAGGACUCACACGAGUAGUUUACUUAUUAUAUAUUAGCUGAGAAAAUACUUAAUGGCAAACUAAUUAUAAAUUCAAUAUUUUCUUUGAAUGUAUUUGAAUUUUAUUAAUCACAUCACAGACUACCUCUGAGGAACAGUCAUCCCUAUAUUUGAGAAGCAAGUGUUUCUUUAGUCUAUUGGCUGGGUGUGUAUAUGGACUUGAAGACUACUUUUCAUCACUUGGAAGCUGGUAGGAGCCGGUGGUCUCUAAGUUGGGGGUCAUUGUCUUAAGUAGAAAAGAGUUUGUUCAAAUCUAAUCAGUGCUUGAGUUUUCAUUGUUGUUGUUUCCUCGCUAAGUCGUUCUAACUCUUUGUGACCCCGUGGACUGUAGCCUACCAGGUUCCUCUGUCCAAUUUUCCUGGCAAGGAUACUGGAGUGGUUUGCUGUUUCCUCCUCCAGGGGAUCUUCCCAACCCAGGGAUCGAACCUGUGCUUCCUGCACUGGCAGGCAGAUUCCUUACCACUGAGCCACCAGGGAAGCCCUGAGUUUUCUUUAUAGUUUGUCUCAGUAGGUAUUUGGUACCUCUGCAUUUUGCUUGGGUACCACUAUCAGUUCUGGGCUAUACUAUACACAACUCUAGACAGUAGAGAUGCUUGUUAAUGCUUUCAGCCAGCACCCUCUUUCAGUCAUAUUUCCUUGACACAUAAUGAAAAUUUUAGGUAUUUUAAGGAUUUUUGUUCUUAGACAAAGAAGGAAUCAGUUUGUAUGUUCCUUUUUCUCUGUGUCUCUCUUUCUCUAUGUAUGUUUCUCUCUCUAGAUAACUAGCUCUCUUGACUGUAUAGAAGACAGAGAAUCAGGAAUGACCCCCUUUGAUGAGGGAGUAGUCAUCUACAUAUUAUAUAUGAUCAGGUCAUGAAAGGCCUGUCAUCUCUUGCUACCAAGGUAUAUUUACCUUAUUGCCACUUUCCAGGAGAGCCGGCUGAGAUCAGAGCUUGGUAGCACAGGGGAUUUUGUGGUGGUAGUCUUGCUUUGAAGAGACUUUGUAGGGAAUGCGUCACCAUGCAGGAGGAGGAGCAUGGUUGAGAAGAUGCAGGGAAGAGCAUAGGACAGUAGGUGUGUGGAAGGUGGAUGUCCAAAGAGAGGGGGAGUAGUCAUAAAAGGAAAUGGCAGUGUGUACACAGAUCUUAUCUGCACAUCUUGUUUUACUUUGGGACUCUUUUUAAAUAUACUAUAAACCAGGUGAUAAUCCCUUUUCUUGAAUCAGGAAGUGUAUCUGAUUACUAUGUGGUCAUUUAAUAAAGAUUUUGUGUAUCUGCA